CAAAAAGCCCAAUGCACGCUCUACGACUUCCCGUCCUUCGAACCCACCUCCUUCGCCUCCUACCCAGCAACUCACCUCCUACUCCCCCUACGAAAAGACAUACUCCACCGCGCCGUAAUCUUCGAAGGCGAUGCAACCCGGCAAGGCAGCGCAAACACAAAAUGGCGCUCCGAAGUCCACGGCUCGGGUCGAAAAAUCAGACCCCAAAAAGGCACAGGUUCCGCUCGUUUGGGAGAUAAGAAAUCUCCCAUGUUGAGAGGAGGAGGUGUAGCCUUCGGACCCAAACCACGAGAUUUCUCUACAGAUUUGCCGAAGAAAGUUUAUGAUCGUGCUUGGAGGACGGCGUUGAGUUAUCGCUAUCGAAGAGCGGAGUUGAUAGUUGUGGAAGAUGACAUUGAACUCUCCGGCGUCCAUGAAAGUUCCCUGGAGAGAUACUUGAUGGAUAUCCUACACUGGAACAAGUUAUCAAGGGAUAAAUCGAACGAUAAGGGGGGGAAUUUAUUUUUGACCAUGGAGAGACGGGAGGGGCUUUAUAAGGCGCUGAGAGGUGAUGGAAUGUACAGAGAAGCGAGAGCGAUUGAGGCUGCGUGGGUUGAUGUUAAGGAUUUGUUGGAAGGGGCAAGGGUCAUUGUGGAGAGGUCGGCGUUGGAGACGUUGCUUGAGGAGCAUGAGAGUGAUUUA